AUGGCCAAAGCAGUGCGGCGGGCUCUGCUCAGCAUCCCUUCGACCUCAACUUCAAUUUCAGCGUCGCCGUCUCUGGUCCUGGUUCUGGCUGUAUGGGCGGUAGCGCUGCAACUUGUAUCCUCUGCUCCAAUGCACAACCUAUCAAUGAAGAUUCCCCGGGUCGGCAACCCAGUCAUCGACGGUUGGUACGCCGACCCUGAAGCCCGUAUCUUCAACCACAAAUACUACAUCUACCCCACUGUGUCCACCGUGUAUGAGAACCAGACCUACUUCGAGGCCUUCUCUUCCCCCGAUCUGAAGACGUGGACCAGUUUGGGAAAAGUGCUGGACUUCAAGGACGUCUCCUGGAGCACGAACAGGGCCGCAUGGGCGCCAUCGGUUGCCUUCAAGGACGGAUCGUACUACAUGUAUUUUUCUGCUGGAGACGGUGCCGGACUCGGAGUCGCACGCUCGGGCUCACCGGAAGGCCCGUUUAAGGAUGCGCUGGGCAAACCGCUGAUAUCAGAAUCGUAUUUUGGUGCGCAGCCAAUCGAUGCAGAUAUCUUUAUUGAUGACGACGGGAGGAAUUACCUCUACUAUGGCGGACAUAGCCAUGGUGUCGUCGUUGAGUUAAACGAUGAUAUGAUCUCGUUGAAAGGGGAGGUCAAGGAGAUCACUCCCAAGGGCUAUGUCGAGGCUCCAUGGAUGUUGAAGCGAAAUGGCAUAUACUACUUCAUGUAUAGCACUGGCGGAUGGGGAGAUAACUCGUAUGCAGUGAAUUAUGUCACUAGCAAGAGUCCUCUCGGCCCAUUUGAUGGAGAGCCUGUCAAGAUCCUGCAGGGAGACACCGCAAUUGGAACCGGAACUGGCCAUAACAGUGUUUUCUCAGUCAAGGACGACUAUUAUAUCGUGUACCACCGACGAUUCCCGGACGACAACGAGAGAGAUCAUCGAGCUACAUGCAUCGAUAGGAUGUAUUUCACGGACGAUGGUCGAAUCGAACCUGUCAAAAUAACGACAGACGGCGUGGAGGCCCGGGUCCCAUGGUGA